UCAUUCAUUGCUGGCUUAGUUAUUUAUUAUCAUAUAUUAAACUAAGCAGUGUUUGAAGAUCUAUAAAGUGAGCUUUGGAAGUUCUGAUGGCAGAUUUUAUAGAAGACAACUCGGUUUCGAUCGAUUCGGAAGAAUCUACACCGCAAAAAGGAAUCGCAGUUCCCGUUUCUUCCGAUUAUGAGUCACAGGCCGCCGGAAGUUCCGAGUCCAGCGGUUCCAGUUUUGAACCGAGGUCGGAAAACGAAAACCAAAUUGGGCGGGAGACUCCCGAAAGCGAGGACACUUCGCGAAACUAUUCGGCGUCUCCGACAAACGAAGAGAUGGGGGGAAUAAGAUCUGAAGACUACGAGAACCGAUCCGAGACUCUUGUGGAGCCGACUGUCGACGAACAGCUAGAAGAUUCUACAGAAAGUAUCUCAGUUCAAGAAAAAGACGAUGCUUCUAGCGACGGCAACAAAACUGGAACACCUAACGAUGAAGAUAAUAAAUCGCAAAUAAGUUCAAAAACGGACACUAGCUUUGAAAUUGUUCACGCUGAGCCUGAAACAGCUGAGUACCUGCAAACCCCAGGGAUCGAUGCCCCGAACGCCUCUGAAAAAUCAGAUGAUCCAACAGUGAUUUAUAAAGGUGGUGUUGACAUUGACUUCGAAAUUGGAAGGCGUGAUGAAGACAAGCGACAUUCAGUGAUGACGUUUUCAGACGGGACGGCCUCAAGUCGAACUACUUUAAUGGACAAUUCAACCGCGGUUUAUGAAUCAUCAAGUCAGUUUGAUGUUCGUGAUGCUCAUUUGAACGACUAUGACAGUCAAGAAAAUGUAGGAAUUGGACAUCCUGAUUUGGUUCCGUUGAAAACCGAGUCUAAUUUUGAUAUUUCAAGUUCUACUCGAGAUCAUCAAGGUUUUCGUCACGGCUUUUCGGAGCAGCUUGAGGCUAGAAAAGAAAGCGCAUCGGUUAACGAUCUUUCAAAUCAUCGCUCAACACUUUCGAACCAAAACGAUGAAAUUAAAUUGAACGAUGCAAACGUCCAGAGGUUCAUGGAACUUUCUGGAUCCACCGAAACGCCUAAAGAUUUCAAGGAUUCCGAAGUUACUAACGCAACUGUUGCUCCAGAAAUGCGCAACGAAAAAGACGAAGAUUCCACUACAAAUAACGUUCAAAAUUUGACAACAUCAGCUAUUGAUGAUGUCACCAAAUCGGAAGAAAGUUCUAGAAAAACUGAGGAAUCAGACGAGCAAGAAAGAAGGCGCACGGCAUUCCGAAAAGGCGAAAUUGACCGAAGUUCGGUGAGUUUUAAGGAGUCACGGAGGAAGUUCUUGCAGACGAAUGAGAGGUCUGGCUCGCUUCAAGUUGGAAGAUCGGGCGUUGGUUCAGUCAAGCGGCAUGUGGGACGUGCCUCUUUGACCCCUUCGGUGGAGAGUGAUAGCUUGAAGAGGGCGAGUAGUUUGACCUCACUUGACCCUGACCUGCAGAGCAAGAUGGAGAGACAGAGACAGAAGUCAGGAGGGGAGGAGAUGAUGGAGGGGUUGAGUAUAGACGAAAUGCUCCAUCUGCAGCGUGAAGCCAGGGCAAACACGGUGCAGAAGAUGGACAUCCGGUCGAGAUAUGACCCCAGCAGGAGUACAGUUGUUGACCCCAGGAGAUUCAGCAUCACCCCCGACAGAGCAUCAGUGGGCAAACUAGACAUGGAUGCACAUGUGAAACGAAUGCUGGGAAAACAUCAUGCAGCCUUCGAGGACAAAUUGCGAUCACUUUUCGGUGAAAAAUAUAAAGACUACAGCAUAAGUUACGACGAUGUUCUGAAAUACUGGAAGGGACGGCUCAAGAAAAUUGAGCGGGAAAACGACUUGCGAACGGGAAAGAGUUGGAGCCGACCAACUUCUACGAUUUCUGAUGCAGAUGAUCAAAGUAAUUUUGAGCAGAGGUCUGGGAACGAUUCACAGGGCAUCGAACAGAUGAGUGAUAUCGAGGCUAUGCUCGAAUCAUUUUUCACACAGGAAGGACUGGAAGACUCCGACAACCUGAAUACUCUCAUUUUGAAAGAUUUGCGAGCCAGCGAAUUCACUCCAGAAAAUCAGAUCGAGGCAACGGGUGUUCCAGUGUAUACUAUUUCGCCGUCAGAGGGCGAUGUCUUUUCAAGUUCGGUGCCGAAUCUACCGACUAACUUGACCUUGAGUGAGUCGCAAGGGGACGAGACUACGAAUGAUGUUUCUAGUCAUCCCGAGAUAGUUCUAGAUGACGAGUUUACUUUUGUCGAAGAGGAGAAAAACGAGAAUAUCAAAACCGAAGGAGCCGAAUUAGGCGUUAAAAUACAACGGACCAGCAACUCCGUCUCGAUGUCCAACGAAAAGGAACCCUUGCCGGCUAACAACGAAAACAUCGACAACAACGCUAACAACGACAACAACAAUUUAGUCCCACAAAAAGGCACCACAAACCAAACUUCAGAAAAAGAAGAAAACUACCAGGAAGUCGAACGACGAGGAUCGAACCUGAGUCGAACCCUCCGAAAAAGCUCGACCACUUCCAAAUCUUCCCAAGAUAGCAAAUCAAUCCGAUCCCGAACCAGUACUAACUCUUCCGCAUCACGAAGGCAAACUGCUUCAAAUGUGAUCGCAGUUAACAUAAGCGAGAGUCGUUCGGAACAAGUGCCGACAACUUCGAGGAAAGAGGUCUCACCAGGCGAGAAACCGUCGUUUCAAUCGGGAGUCCAACAAAUGAAAGAUCUGGCUACAACUUUGGAUCGGAAUAUUGACAACAACAGUCCGUCUGAUUUAUCAAAACAGCAUUCAACAAAUAAGAACCCGGAUUCAGAUGUCGCCCGUGGCUUGUCAAUUCGCGAUGAGAACAACCCGCCUGCAGUAAUCGAGGUCCACCAACUCGGCUACCAGUCCGACUCGAACUCGACUGAUACUCUCUGCAAAAACGACGACAACAAAAAGAAAUGCUGCUGCUGCUCUUCUUGUUCUAUUCUUUGAAAUAAACUAAAUAUUAUACUAUUUUAAAUUUAAAUUAAUUUUGUCUAAAUUUUUGAUUGAAACUCAC